AUGGAGGAGUUAGCAAGAAAGAAAAGAGUACGAGCAGGUCAUCGCGGUUACCUGACGAAAGUUGUGGCGUCGGCAGCAGGCUUAGUCGACGCAUUCGAUGAACGAAGAAAGAAUGACGCGGAACAGCAACGCGACAAAAUCUUGGAGACAGUCGCUAUGCUCCAAAAACUGGAUGAAGACAUCCUUAACUUGAUUGCUGGGGACGAAGAAGCGUCAGAACUUGACAUUGUCAGCGAAGUCGAGGAAGCUGGAAGAAUAAGUUCUGAAGCAAAGUCGAUGGCGAGGAAGCUUCGCCAAAAGAUUGACGGCAAUUGCGCUUCGGAAAAUAGAAUGAACAGUUCGUUAAGGUCUGACGGAGGAGCGUCGGUGACCAAUAGAACAGUUUGCGCAAAAUUGCCAAAGCUGCACGUUAAGCGGUUCAAUGGAAAUGUUUGCGAAUGGCAGGAGUUUUGGGAUUCCUUCGAAAGCGCCAUUCACGGAAAUGGAAGUUUGUCCGACGUUGACAAAUUCAAUUAUCUUCGGGGACUCUUAGGCGAACCAGCGAAGUCAUAUAGAGUGAAAGAUCCGAGAGAUAUUACGUCUCUUCGUCACUUGUGUGAUAGUGUCGAAGCACAUCAUCGAGGUUUGGAUGCAUUGGGAGUGGACAGCGCUACGUAUUCAUCAAUCGUGGUACCUUACGUUUUGAACUUGAUACCGGAAUCGAUUCGAUUGUUGAUCACGAGAGGCGAAAACUUCCAUCAGUGGGAUAUGGACGAUAUGUUAAGAGCGUUAAAGUGCGAAGUUGAGCUGCGAGAAGAGCAUCGAGUUCAGAGAGAGCAACGAGAACGGCAUGGUGAUCCUGAGAAGUCGUCAAAUGGAGCCAGGCGGAACGAUACGAAAACAGCAAGCGCCCUCCUGACAAAAUCGGGACCGGUUCGUUGCGCAUUCUGCCUGGGAUGUCAUCGGCAUGAAGAAUGUGAGAAGAUCAAGUCAAUUGAGGAACGUAAGAAUAUUAUUAAGAAAUACGGUCGUUGUUAUAUUUGUUUGGAAAAGGGCCACAAGGCUCGUGACUGUGACAACAAUAUUAAAUGUAGUAUAUGUAAGAAGAAUCACCACAAGGCUCUGUGUGAUUCGGGAAAGGAAAGAUGCAAUGUUGCUUUGCAAACUGCACAAGCAAAACUGGUUGGUAGUAAGUCGGGACGAGUAAGGGUUUUGUUGGAUUCUGGGAGUCAGAGAUCAUUUGUUACUGAAAGGACGGCUAAAGCGUUGGGAUGUAAAGUCGUUCGUGAAGAAAAUCUGAGAAUAGGAACGUUUGGGAAAAGGGCUUUAGAGAACGAGUUGAGAAGGGUUGUGCGAUUGGAUUUGAGUUCGUUGUCGGGUGGUGAAGUCGUAUCUAUCGAGGCAUAUGUUGUACCAGAAAUAUCAGUAAUUAGUAAUCAACAUUUGGAGGUGGUUCGAAAUAACUUUGAACAUUUGAAGGGGUUGUGGUUGUCUGAUGUUUGUAAGGUAAAUGAGGAAUUGGAGGUAAACGUACUCGUGGGUGCGGAUUACUUGUGGUCGUUGCAGAAAGGUCGUAUUAUGCGAGGGAAGCAGGGGGAGCCUGUGGCUAUCGAGACGGUGCUUGGAUGGGUAGUUUCAGGGCCGGUUGGAAGCACGGAUAAGAAUCAACCCGCCACUGCUCAGGUAAAUUUUUGCUCCGCUAAUAAAACUUGUAUCAACGUAGAAAACUUUUGGGAUUUAGAAAGCCUAGGAAUUAAGGACAAAGUAAGUGAUGUGCAUGAAUCGGUCAUAAACGAUCUUAGUUUUGACGGUACGCGUUAUUCAGUGGGGUUGCCCUGGAGGGAGGGUCACGAUCCUUUACCUACUAACUAUGACUUAAGUCUUAAGAGAAUGAAGGGACAAAUCAGACGACUAGGUAAGAACCCAGAAUUACUGAAGGAAUAUGACACUAUCAUUAAGGCCCAAGAAGAGUUAGGCAUCAUAGAGAGGGUAGGAAAAGAUAGUGUGAUUAAUUCUCAUGCCAAAAUACAUUACAUGCCUCAUCAAGCUGUCGUGCGAAAGGAUGCCAAGACGACAAAGGUUAGAGUGGUUUAUGACGCAAGCGCUAAAGUACUCAAGUCAAGUGUCUCUUUGAAUGAUUGUUUGCAUAUCGGACCUUCACUUAAUCCACUUUUGUUUGAUAUUCUGCUUAGGUUCCGUGAGCAAAGAAUAGCGCUAAUAGCGGACAUAGAGAAGGCCUUCCUAAACAUUGAAGUGCACGAAAGGGAUCGAGAUAGCCUAAGAAAAACUGCUAAAAGCUUUUACGUGGACGAUCUUGCCAGCGGUGAAUCUAGUACAGAGCGAGCGUAUCAGCUAUAUCGUAAGGCCAACGAACGCAUGAAUGAAGGCGGAUUUAAGUUACGCAAAUGGCGGACUAAUGAUAGUGCGUUAAGAUCGCAAAUUGAAGAAGAUGUGCGUGACGUGGAAAGUAGUUGCGUUGAUGAGCAAACGUAUGCGAAAACCACGCUUGCUCAAGUACAGGGUCAAUUUGGUAAAGUAUUAGGGUUGGAAUGGGAUAGCGUCGGGGACGUAAUAAUAUUCGAUUUCGAAAAUUUGAGUGCGAAAGCGGAAAACACGGAACCGACGAAGAGAAAUGUGUUGAGUCUGUUAGCUUGUAUCUUCGAUCCAUUAGGGCUCUUGAGUCCUACGAUUGUUAAAGCUAAAAUUCUCUUUCAAGAUAUUUGUUACAGUGGCGUGGAUUGGGACGAUACAUUGCCUAAAAGUGUGAAAGAGAAGUGGGAGAAGUGGUUGAGAGAUCUAAAGGAGGUAAAGAGUGUUUCAAUAGGCAGGUACUCGAGCGGCGUGACUGACACAUCUGGCUCAGAAUCAAAGCAGAGAUAUUUUUUGCAUGGAUUUGGGGAUGCGUCAAAGCGAGCUUAUUGUGCGGUUGUGUAUCUAGUAGUUUUGAACGGUAACGAUGUUCGUGUUAAGUUGAUUGCCAGCAAAACAAGAGUAGCCCCGAUGAAAGAACUUAGUAUUCCGCGGUUAGAAUUAAUGGCAGCUAGAAUAUUGGCUCAUUUAAUGUCUGCAGUCAGGAAAGCGUUAGAGUCAGAGUAUAAUUUUGAGGGCGUUAAGUAUUGGACUGAUAGUAUGACUGUUUUGUAUUGGAUAGUCAACUCAGGCAAUUGGAAGCAAUUUGUUCAGCAUAGAGUUGACGAAAUAUUAAGGCUUAGUUCAAAAACAGAGUGGAGUCAUUGUCCAGGUAAGGAAAACCCUGCAGAUUUAGGGUCGCGAGGGGUCUUGAUGACUGAGUUAAAGAACGCGGAGGUUUGGUGGUCAGGACCGUCUUGGUUGCGGGGUAGUCCAAGGCAUUAUCCUAUGGUGAAGGAGAUAGUUCCCACAGUAGACAGCAAGGUUGAAGAGAAAAGGUCAUUUGUUGUUAACCUAAUCAUAAGUGCAAGGUCAUUGUUUGGAAUUGGCAAUGUCAUUAGCAUAAGUAAAUACAGCACACUUACACGGCUGUUAAGAGUUACUGCGUGGGUGAAGAGAUUCGUCUAUAAUUUGAAACAAAAAAGACUAGGAUUAGAAAUUUUUACCGGACCAAUAAAAGCGAGCGAAAUGAAUGAUGGAGAAUGCGAGUGGAUAAAGUCAGCCCAGCUAGAGUUACGAGAGCAACCCGAGUUUAAGCAGUUAGAAAGACAGUACGGACUGAUAGAAAUGAACGGGAUACUGCAUUGUACGGGAAGAUUGGGUGAAUCAGAUUUGGAGGCAGAAGCUAGAGAGCCGAUUGUUUUGCCUAGGAGACAGUAUUUCACAGAGCUAGUGAUUAGGCAGUGUCAUGAAUCUGUUAUGCAUGGGGGAGUUCGGAGCACGUUGGCGCAACUGAGGUCGAAGUAUUGGGUACCCAAGGGCAGACAGGAAGUUAAGAGAGUGAGCGGUGGAUGUGUAGCUUGUAAACGAUGGAACAGUAAGCCGUGUACACAAAUAAAGCAAGCAGCGUUACCAGAGUUUAGGGUUAGGAGAGCCGCACCAUUUGAAAAUUCAGGCGUAGAUUUUGCAGGACCUUUGUACGUAAAACAAAGACCCUUAACGUAUGAGUACGAGGAAGUGAAUAGUGAAGUACUUACUCCUGCACAUUUAGUCUAUGGUAGGCGCAUCGUGACAUUACCCGAUAGCAAGGACUCAAAAAUUAAUGAUUUAGGACAAGAUUCGACUAGAACAAACACUAGGACACGAUUCAAACAUUUAAGUACCAUACUGGAGCAUUUUUGGAGCAGGUGGAAACGGGAGUAUCUCACGAAUCUUCGGGAAUUUCAUAAGGGUAAGAAAAGGGGGGAGUGGAAGACAGGUGUGAUUCAGGAAUUGAUUUGUGGCAAGGAUAAGGUCGUUCGUGGUGCAAGGGUUUGCGUGAUGACAAACGGUCGUCGCCAGGUGUUGAAUAGAGCGAUUCAGCAUUUAUAUCCAGUUGAGGUUAAAGACGAGAUCCCACCAUACAAUACAAUCAAAGUUAAAAAUAAGACGAACCCAAUUAACAAUAUACAUUUCCAGGGUUCUUUAGGCAAAUGUAAUACACCAAAGCCUGGGACUUUGGACUUUGUUGGAAAGGCAAAAUGGAAUGCAUGGAACGAUUUGGGUGAUUUAUCACAGGUAGAUGCACAAAAACAGUAUAUAGCACUUGUGGAGACUUUACUAGGACAAGAACCCAAGAUUAACAGCCAACCCAACAAAGACAUUAAUACAUCAAAUGAGUUUGAAAAUAUUCUUGUCUCUCCUGAUGGCGGUUUGAGGACAAUCACAAUGAACAGGCCUGAUAAAUACAAUGCUUUGACCCCAAAGAUUUUCUUCGACAUUUCCACCAGCUGCUGGUUCAGUUCAUUAAAAGUUCCGUUUAUUCAAAACCAUUUGAAAUAUGCAACAAAGGACAAACACUCUGCAGCAAGUGGCCUGCAUCUCGCAAGAAGCCGCAAGUCUCUCAUCAAUUUUCAUUCAAUUGCUUCAAGUUUUGUCAACGCCACAAACGAAGAAUAAGGUUUACGAAGCUGAAAGCCACAUGUUGUAUGUACUUUGCUCAUUAUCACUUAUUUAUUAGCGGAAAGCUAAGCUGUUAUGAAUAGAGCAACU